AUGCCGCCCCUCAAACGGCGAGCAGCAGCCAUAUCCCGCGACGCCUCCGAAUCCGAGUCAGAAUCCGAGGCACCCCGGACACAGACACGGACACAGGCACCACCAGCGCGGCGGCGUCGGCGCUCUGCAUCCUCCUCGUCGCAGGCAUCUUCAGCUUCAUCGACGCCCUCCCAUUCUGCCGGCCACGUCCAGACAAGCACACUGAUCAAGAAGCUGGUCCGGCUCGCGCUGUCGACAGAGUACUCGCGCAGUGCGUUGCGGCGAAGUGACAUCUCGACCAAAGUGUUCAAGGAGAGCAAUGCAGCGGGCCGCGGGUUCAAGGCCGUGUUCGAGGGAGCGCAGCAGAUUUUAACAGACACAUUCGGCAUGCAGCUGGUGGAACUGCCUUCGCGGGAGAAGACGACGCUCAAAGACCGACGCAACCUCGCGACGCAGACGAAAUCCAGCGCUUCCACGUCGUCCAAGAGUUGGAUCCUGGUUUCGACCCUGCCGACCGAGCUGAAGACGAACCCGGCCAUCGUCCAGCCCGCGCGGGCGCCCAGCGUCGAGACCGAGGCGUCGUACACGGGCCUAUAUAGUUUUAUCCUGUCGCUGAUCUACCUCAACAACAACUCCCUGACCGAGCAGAAGCUGGAGCGCUAUCUCAAGCGCGUCAACGCCGACACCUUCACGCCAUUCGGCAGUCUGGACAAACUGCUCCAGCGCAUGCUGCGCGAAGGCUAUCUCGACAAGCGCCGCGACACCAGCAGCGGCGAGGAGAUGAUCGAGUACUCGCCUGGCCCGCGCGGGAAAGUCGAGGUCGGCCUGCGCGGCGUCACCGGCCUGGUGAGGACUGUCUACGGCUACGGCGCCGUGCCCUUGCUUAAGGACCAAGGCCGGCGCGACCGACACGACGCAGAUGACGACGACGAGCCCGCCCCGCGCAGGACCAUUGUCAAAAUUGAAGAGGACGAGCUCAACGCCAGGCUUUCACGCAGUCUGGGCAUCAAGGUCGCCGGAGACAAAGCCCUGCGCCCCAACCAAGCCUCGGACCCGAGCGAGGGCGAGGAUGAGGAUGAGGAUGAACUUGCACACGAGUCUAGAGCCACUCCCACUCGAGCCGGCCCGUCCAGGCAGAGACAACGGCAGGGCACGCGGGCCGGAAGAUGA